AUGGUCCUAGCCAAGCUCUUUGGUAUCGCGAGCUUGACUGGUUACAUUUCUGCACUGACCCCACCCAAAGGGCUCAAUGAUGGAUCAUACCGAGCAUAUAUUGACCAUCUGGGGCGUGAAGUGCAUGAGCUCGUGGCACUUCCUAACGGUGACAAACUGGAUUCCAGCGAAGUCACCCAGUUCGUCACCGACGAGAACGCUCUCAAGACACUAACCUCUCGUGCCGACAAUUUCUCACCAGACCGUAAGACCAUCUCGAAGCGAUACUAUGAAUCCAGCCAAUAUGGCUUCGGUGACGGCAUACUCGACAUCUACUGUGGCUGCGGCUUCAAUCUAGAUCCUGGCAACUGUGACGCCGCUGUAGCAGAUCUCAAGAACCAAGUCGGCAGCGAUGCCCAAAUCCCCAUGAACAUGGCCUGGUACUCGAUCCGUGGUAAUGUUGUUGCCUUUGCUUGUACCAGGCCUGAAAGUAUUGACAAUUACAACAAACCAUCCGACUCGGACGCCAAUUACUUAACCAUUUCAUAUGAAGACAUAACCCACUUCUGUGGAUGGUACGUUGCGGGCACCGCAAUGUACGUUCCCUUUUGGGCGACGGAAUACAACCAACCAUAUGUGGAAUACAUGCAGUACUACGACGGUCUCGACUUUUGCUAUCAAUCGACUGGCUCAUCUGAAGACCAUUGCUGA